AAACAUUGGGAAAAUAUCUCCAAAUUAUUACAAAUGCCCAAUUAGGACCCAGCUGAGUUAAAGCUUGAUUUAUUUACAUACAUAUAUCAUUUAAGCCUAAAAUGAGGAUUAGUUUUCUCCCUUAAUAUAUGUGUCGCGUUUAAUAAAUAGCAGAGAAUGGACCAUUAACGUAAAUAAACAAGACAUAGUAAAUCUUUAUAUAAAAACAAUGACUAGUGUAUAAAACUAACAAAAAUGUAUAUUCUGCAUUUAUCCUGUAUAUUCCUGUUCGCGCCGGUUCUAUCCGGUUCGCUUAGUUCGCGGGUUGUGUAUAAAGUUGGGGUGCUCAUGGCUUCUCGUUUGGACUCCCCCUUUGACCUGGAGCGCUGUGGCCCGGCUGUGGACUUGGCCUUGGAUAAGGUCAAUGAGAAAUUCCUCGCUCAUCACGGUAUCGAGCUGCAGAAAGUGCAAGGAAGCUACCCAUCCUGCUCGGGAGCCAUAGCUCCAGGGUUGGCUGCGGACAUGCACUUCAAGGACGACGUGAUCGCCUUCAUCGGACCAGCCUGUGCCUUCGCCCUGGAGCCCGUCGCCAGGCUGGCAGCCUACUGGAACACACCCAUCAUCACUGGGAUGGGAGACCAACCUCCAUCUGAAGGAGAACUGGCGGCCCCGGCUAGUGUGGUCAGUCGUAUGCAUCGUCUUAGAAACCUGCGCAAGGGCACUAGACCACAAACGUUGUUCAACGACAAAGGCAAGUACCCGACGCUGACGAGGAUGUCAUACUGCCAGUGCCGGCUGCCGCGCGUCUUCAGCAGCGUGUUCGAGAGGUUCGGCUGGGCACACGUCGCGUUACUGCUCGACAAGUCUGACCUCUUCUCUUUAACUGUCGGUAAAAGCCUAGAGUGGGGACUUCGGAAGAAAGGAGUGUUAAAGGCAGUGAGGGAACUGGACGGCAACGAGAGGGAAUCUUGUGAAGCACUACUCAAAGAUGUCAGCAUGUACGCCAGAGUGGUAAUACUGAGCGUGCGCGGGUCACUGGUGCGAGAGUUCCUGCUGGCUGCGCACACGCUCGGCAUGACGCGCGGUGAUUGGGCCUUUCUGGACGUCGAAAUAUUUCAGGGCGGGUACUGGGGCGAGACAGGCUGGGCGGCUGAUGAUGAGAGGGACACUGCAGCUCGAGCAGCCUACGAGGCCCUACUCCGUGUCUCCCUGAAGCUGCCCACGGGAGACAGGUUCGAUGAAUUCGCUGAUGCAGUCAGAGCGAGAGCCAAACAGCACUAUAACUACUCAUUCUCUGAUGGUGAAGAGGUCAACUUCUUCAUCGGUGCCUUCUACGACGGAGUGUACCUGUUGGGUAUGGCGCUGAACGAGACCCUGACAGAAGGUGGAGACAUCAGGGAUGGGAGAAACAUCACCAGGCGCAUGUGGGGCCGAGAUUUUCAUGGUAUAACAGGGCACGUGCGCAUCGAUGCAGUCGGCGACAGAGACGCAGACUACGCCAUCUUAGAUCUAGAUCCUGUUACUGGAAAAUUUGAGGUGGUGGCAUUCUUCCACGGCCUCAACAGCAGCUACAAGCCGGUCGCAGGUAAAGCUAUCCACUGGCCUGGAGGUCGCCGGGGUCCACCACCAGACACCCCUCGCUGUGGGUUCCUGUGGAACGACCCCAUGUGCCAGGGUGAGGCGCAGACUGUUAUAAUCUAUUGUUUCAUCGGACUAGCAGUCUUCCUCACCUUCGCUGUCACUGCUGCGUGUGUUGCUUACAAGCAGGCUCGUAUAGACGCAGAGCUGAACAAUACAUCCUGGCGAGUUAGACCUGAAGAGGUACUGGUUGAGGUUGGAACUGGUAUUGGAGCCAGUCCAGCGCUGCACAGCAUCAAUGAAGUACUCAAGCUUUCCCUGGGUUGGAGCACCCGCGGCAGUACAGGCGCAGCAUCUACUCUGGGCACUCCAUCUCUUACCCUGUCUUCCUUCACCGUGGGUCUGUACAAGGGGAACAGGGUGGCUGUGAAGAAGAUCCACAGAAAGAAGUUGGAUCUUAAUAAGAAACUGCUAUGGGAAAUUAAACAGGCUCGAAAUGUGUCCCACGAGAACACAGCGCGGUUUAUCGGCGCGUGUGUCGACUGUCCGCUGGUGUUCGUGCUGACUGAGUACUGUCCCAAGGGAUCCUUGAAGGACGUCCUCUCCAAUGAUGAGCUGCAGCUGGACUGGAACUUCAGGACGUCGCUGGUGCAUGAUAUUGUGCAGGGCAUGUGCUACUUACAUGGCGGGCUGGGUGCGCACGGCAAGCUGCGUUCCUCGAACUGUCUCAUCGAUGGACGCUUCGUGCUGAAGAUCUCCGACUACGGCCUCAACACGCUGUGCACACCGACCGACCUCAUAAAGGAUGACACAUAUUAUUACAAGUUACUAUGGACGGCUCCGGAGUUGGUGGCCAGCAGUAUAUACCCUGGUGCUGCAGCCUCCCUCAAAGGAGAUGUGUACAGCUUCGGCAUCAUACUCGAAGAGAUCGUGCUGAGAGCGGGGCCCUUCCAUAAUUAUACCACUACCAUGUCUAGUAAAGAAAUAGUCGGCCAUGUAUGUGCUCGGGAGUCCCCACCAUUUCGCCCAGUGGUCAGUGUGGGGGAGGUGGGCGCGGCCGCUGGUGGUGGCGGUGGUGCUGCAGUGGAACUCCUGGACCUGGCUGAGAGGUGCUGGGCAGAGGCUGCUGAUGACAGACCCAGCUUUGAUACUAUCAAUGCUAAUUAUAUCAAGGGCUACUGUGACAAUCUAAUGGACGACCUCCUUCGUCGCAUGGAACAAUACGCGAACAACUUGGAGUCGCUCGUUGAGGAGAAAACUGAACAACUGUCGCUGGAGAAGCGUAGAUCUGAAGAGCUACUUUAUCAAGUACUGCCGAGGCCUGUAGCCCAGCAGUUGAUGGCAGGAGAAGUGGUACAGCCGGAGAGCUUCGAGUGUGUGACGGUAUACUUCAGUGACAUCGUCGGCUUCACGGAGUUGUGUGCUGCCUCCACUCCCAUGCAGGUCGUGGACCUCCUCAAUGACCUCUACAGCACAUUCGACAGAAUUAUUGGGUUCUAUGAUGUUUAUAAGGUGGAGACAAUAGGCGACGCCUACAUGGUGGUGUCUGGCCUCCCGGAGAGGAACGGCGACCUUCACGCGCGGGAGAUAUGUCUCAUGGCGCUCGCCAUUGUCGAAGCUGUCAGGGGAUUCGUCGUGAGGCACCGGCCUACUCAUCGAUUAGAGGUCCGUAUUGGUGUGCACUCGGGCCCAGUCUGCGCCGGAGUAGUAGGGGUGAAGAUGCCCCACUAUUGCCUGUUUGGAGACACAGUGAACACAGCCAGUAGGAUGGAGUCUACAGGACAACCACUACGCAUCCAUCUAAGCGAGAACACCAGAGCAUUACUGGACCAAUGGGGCACAUUCGUGGUGGAGCGUCGAGGUGAAGUGGAACUCAAGGGUCGGGGGAGGAUGCUCACACACUGGCUGCUGCACUGCUCAGAGCCUGAAGCCAGACCUCCCACGCAAGGACUCCAGCCACCUCCACAGUAUCCUAUACUGUUCCCAGCAUUACCACAACCGGCUUUAUCGCUGCAAGUUCCUUAUUUAGUUGUGGAGCCUCCUACUUUAGCUGCUUGAAGAGUUUAUUAUACUUUUGUAAUGGUGUGAGUGUGUGCUGUGUAUGAGGGUGUAUGUAUGGGUGUAUGUCGGUACCAUGUUUAUAGGGAGUAACCGUUUUAGCCUUUUAAGUUUAGUUGUUUGUUAUGUGAGUAGGAGAUUUGAGCUCAAAGCUAUUGUUAUUUUUUUGGCAUAAACAAGACAAAAGAAAUCAUCUGUCAUACAGAAAAGGAACAAAAAUCAACAAAUAUUUUUACUAGGUCACAGCCAAGUCUUAAAUUAUCAAUAAGCAAAGCUCCCGUCAAAAACAAUACCCAAAAUGAACGCUCAACAAUUUAUAUUAACCAGGCCGAACGAUAAAACAUAAAAUAUGGAAGGAUAAACCAAAAAUAAACAAGUACGUGAGUGAAAAUGCUAAUUUUAUGAGUAUUUUAUCCGCUUUCCAGUAGUUAAUGACUUGACAGUGAUAACAUUUACAUUUUACUAGCUUUUACAUCACAAUGGUGAUUUAACGAGAUAAUUUGCAUUAAGUCAACACUACACAAGCGUGUUAUAUUAUCUGUGCACAGAUACAUUCGAACUGUAUGUUAACGUCACUUGGGACGUUCGAAUUUGGAACGUUUAAAUUAACCAAUAAUAAGCGUAUAUUCAAAAUUAUUGAACGUUCUACAAUAGAGAGUAACGUCACGCCUUUUAUCCCCGAAGGAUCGGAUAGGUAGAGGUGCACAAUUGCACAUUACGGCACAUAAUACCGCUAUACAAUGUACACCCAGUUUUCAACAUUUGUGUUAUAAAUCUCAUGUAAUAAGGGGCGAGCCUAUUGCCAUAUACUGAGCACAAUACCAGACUCCGUGCUACUAUUGCGA